GAUCCAUAGGGACAACGGGACUGAUUUAAAGGGAAUCGUAAUGCGUUUGCUAUCCACGGUAUCAGUUCAUUUUUGUAAGAGCAGUACCUGUGGGCUUUGGAAGGAGAAAAAGAAAAUGACUGCGGGCACGUGCUUACGUAGAAGGGGUGGACCUUAUAAAACAGAGCCUGCAACUGAUCUAACACGUUGGAGACUUGCCAAUGUUGAAGGACGGCAAACCUGGCAGUAUUUCGAAGACGAUGAGACAGUAGAAAGAGAGCAAAAUAUGCUGGAAGCUUAUUCUGUAGGACUAGAUACAGGAAGGUUUACAAAGGAUUUACCAAAGGCUCAAGUAGCUAGAGAAGCAGCUGAAAAUGGAAUGAAAUUUUAUUCUGCACUGCAGGCAGAAGAUGGCCACUGGGCUGGAGACUACGGGGGACCUCAUUUUUUACUUCCAGGGCUUCUGAUCACAUGUCAUGUAGCCAGCAUUCCCUUGCCGGAGGCCUUUAAGAAGGAGAUGAUACGGUACCUUCGUUCAGUGCAACUUCCUGAUGGUGGAUGGGGACUACACAUUGAAGAUAAGUCUACAGUGUUUGGUACAGCUCUGAGCUAUACCUCCAUGAGAAUCCUUGGAGUUGGACCUGAUGACACAGAUUUGGUCAGGGCAAGAAAUAACCUGUACAGUAAAGGUGGAGCUGUUGGCAUCCCUUCUUGGGGUAAAUUUUGGUUGGCCGUCCUGAAUGUUUACAGCUGGGAAGGGAUAAACACGCUUUUUCCUGAGAUGUGGCUGUUCCCUACCUGGAUGCCUGCUCACCCUUCCACAAUCUGGUGCCACUGUCGCCAGGUGUACCUUCCCAUGAGUUACUGCUAUGCUGCCCGCUUGAAAGCCAAAGAAGAUGAUCUUAUCCUUAGCCUUAGACAGGAGCUGUAUGUGCAGGACUACGGUAGCAUUGACUGGCCAAAACAGCGUAACAAUGUGGCUGCCUGUGAUAUUUAUACACCACAUAGUUGGUUUCUUACGCUGGUGUAUGCGGUGCUAAAUUUCUAUGAGGCACAUCACAGUACUAGCCUGAGGAAGAAAACCAUGCUGGAGCUCUUCGACCACAUUGAAGCUGAUGAUCGGUUUACGAAAUGUAUCAGCAUUGGACCAAUUUCAAAAACAAUUAAUAUGCUGGUUCGCUGGUAUGUAGAAGGUUCAUCAUCUCCAGUUUUUCAGGAGCAUGUGUCCCGAAUCAGAGAUUACCUCUGGCUUGGGCUUGACGGAAUGAAGAUGCAGGGCACUAAUGGCUCUCAGCUCUGGGAUACAGCAUUCGCUGUACAGGCUUACCUGGAGGCCGAAGCACACAAAAACCCUGAAUUUAUCACCUGCCUACAACGUGCCCACCAAUUCUUAAGAAUCACACAGGUCCCAGAUAAUCCUCCAGACUACAAGAAAUACUAUCGACAGAUGAAUAAGGGAGGUUUCCCUUUCAGCACGCGUGACUGUGGCUGGAUUGUGGCAGAUUGCACUGCAGAGGGACUGAAAUCAGUACUGCUUUUGCAAGAGAAGACCUCGUUAAUUACUAACCCGAUUCCUAAGGAGCGCCUCUUUGAUGCUGUCAAUGUGCUUCUGAGUAUGAGAAAUGCAGAUGGUGGAUUUGCUACGUACGAAACAAAAAGGGGAGGGCGACUUUUAGAACUCCUUAAUCCCUCAGAAGUAUUUGGAGAUAUAAUGAUUGACUACACCUAUGUAGAAUGCACAUCUUCUGUAAUGCAAGCACUAAAACUCUUUCACAAGAGCUUCCCAAAUCACAGGGCUGAGGAAAUCAGAGAAACUCUUAAACAAGGACUUGAGUAUUGUCGGAGAGUGCAACGACAGGAUGGAUCAUGGGAAGGGAGCUGGGGAGUCUGUUUCACCUAUGGAACAUGGUUCGGACUGGAAGCUUUUGCCUGCAUGGGACACACGUAUGAAAGCAAGACACCCUGUAGAGAGAUCACAAAAGCUUGCAAAUUCCUGUUGUCGAAGCAGAUGGAAGAUGGAGGUUGGGGUGAAGACUUUGAAUCCUGUGAGCAGCGAUGCUAUGUCCAGAGUGCCAAGUCACAAAUCCAUAACACAUGUUGGGCUCUGCUUGGACUUAUGGCUGUCAGAUACCCUGAUGUCCAUGUACUGGAAAGGGGAAUCCAGAUGCUCAUUAGCAGACAGCUUCCAAAUGGAGACUGGCCUCAGGAGAAUAUUGCAGGUGUGUUUAACAAGAGCUGUGCCAUCAGCUACAGUUCCUACAAGAAUGUCUUUCCCAUCUGGACUCUUGGACAAUUUGCUAACCUUCACCCAUCAAGUACUUUAGCUGGAAGGCUCAAAGUUUAAGGAAAGCUAAUCCUGUACUGAUAUCAUUGAGAUAUUAUUUUAUAAAACUGAAGAUAAUGUUGAAGACCAUGGGAAAACUUUGGAAUAUUUUUCUGCAUUUAAAACUGGAAAGAAAAAAAAACACAAGAACUAGAAAAGGAAAAUUUAUGCUAUAUAACAAAUAUAUUUAUGUUUAAUCUUGUCUUUAUAGUCUGUACAUAACUAGCACAUCAAAAUCAUAUUAUAUCAUAUUUUUAUAGUCUAUAUACUACUAGCACAUCAGAAUCACUGUAAAUGUCUUACAUUUAAUUUCUUUUUCCACAAAAAUGGCCACCAUGUGGGCUGCCAUACUGUGAGAUUUUGUUUUUUUCAUUCUUUCCUUUUAUAACUGUCAAAAUGAAGUUUUGAUAACUGUAACAUGACAUGUCUUAGACUUCAUUCAUGAGUUUUUCUGUUUCCUACCUUUAGUUAUGGUGAAAGUGCUUUGAGCCCUUGGGUUUUCAGGGAGCUUUGUGAAAAGAAUUCAGAUUUUCUUUUUAGCUGAAUUUCUCUGUGUUUAUUACAACCUUAUAAUGGUCCAUGUACAUUUUAAUCAAAAACAGAAGGGUGAAAAAAGUUGUCAAGUCAAAGUCAAAGUAAACUUUAGUAUCAUUCAGAUUAUA